AUGCUGUACGCAGUCGGAUUUGACUUGGGGAAGACUUACAUCGACAACUACGAGAAGCUAGGCGCCGAACAUGCGUCCGAGUUCCUUGGACCAGAGGAGGCUCGAACGCGAUUCUCUGGAAUUUUCAGGGAUGCGAACUGGACCGAUGUCAAAGAGAACUACUUCAACCCUCGAAGUGGGUGGGGCGAAGCUACUGGUGCUCUAACAAGCUUGAUCAAAGCCGCUGUGGAUGAGGGUGUCAAGUUUAGAACUGUGACAGUUUCAAAACUCCUGUUCAGUAACUCCAAUGACUGUGUUGGAGUUUCACUUGAGGGCCGAGAGGAGCUCCGCGCAGAUAAUGUUCUCUUGUCAGUCGGCGCAUGGACACCACUCCUCCUGGCCAACAGUGCCCCGGACAAUCAGCUCCUGCAGGCAGGCGACAGAAUGGUUGCUGCUGCCGCUCUCCAGUGUACCGCGAAGUAUCCUCCUGAAGAAGCAGAGAAAUUCAAAGAUGCUCCCGUGAUUGUCAACACAAUGCCUCACACUAACGGAGAGUGCAUCCCUCCGACGAAAGAGAACAGGCUCAAGUUCAACCUUGAAGUCACUUUCACAAACAAGUCCUAUCACGAAGCAUCGAAGCAGACGAUCUCCGCCCCACCGAAACCAACGGCCGAUAACGCUUGGGGUCAGGCCGUUCCUCAGAGUCUCAAGGACGAAAUAGCAACUGUUGUGAAGAAUACGGACGCGAUCACACCCAACCAAGAUUUCAUCAUCACUCCACACCCACACUCCAAGGGGCUUUACAUCGCCACAGGAGGCUCUUUCCACAGCUGGAAGUUUAUGCCUAUCAUCGGUGAGUAUGUUGUGAAGAUGAUGCAGGGGACACUACCAGCCGACAUCGCAAGUCGCUGGGCAUGGGAUCGCUCCAGCGAGGGGAGUGCUCUGAAGGAGUACCUUCCAAAGCGCGACCUCAAGGACAUCAAGUAA